GCGCGCGUGUGUGAGCGUGUGUGCGAUGCGCCUGUCCAAGAGGCCACCCUGCAAAACUGGAAUAAAGCAAAAAAACCUUGAAUGAAAUGAACUGGUUGUCCUGCUCUCUGUGAAGACGAUGGGCACCUCUUCCGAGGGCAAGGGGGCCAAACUGCACAGAUAAAAAAAAAAAAGAACUAAAAGCCGAGGGCUUUCUCUUUACUUCCCUUUAGAAAUUAAGAGACUUGAGGAGGAAAGAAGCUAAAAACCGUCUGAAAGCAAAGAAGGAAUAAUAAUUGCAAAACCCGGUGAGAAGAAGGCAAGAAGAAAACUGGUAAGGCGCUGCAUCACGAAUGGGUGUCCGCGUCUCUGCGUCACGUGACCGUCCAGGAUUGGACCGCGUGCUGGACGACGAGGGGAUCCUUCGAGCGAUGGGUAUAAAAGCGACAGUCCGCUACUCGGAGAUCAUCACCACUUCACUUUGCUCUCUUCGGCUUGUGCUUGGGAACAGCUGCUCCUCUCCUCCGCCAAGAUGAUCAAGAUCGCCGCCAUCCUUGCUCUGGCUGUUGCCGUCCAGGCUGUCCCAGUGAGGUUCAACGCCGAAGGCGACCUCGACACCGCCGCCCAGACCUUCGCCCGCGCCGUCCUCUCCUCUGACGACUCCCUGAGCCAGCCAAUCCCAUACUCCUUCAAGCACGAGUCUUCCACCGAGGAGGGCACCCACACCCACGAGGAGUCUGGUGACGGCAACGGCCGUGUGACCGGCAGCUACACCCUGACCCUCGCCGACGGCCGCCAGAGGACUGUCCGUUACACCGCUGACGAGACCGGCUUCCACCCCGAGAUCGUCACCAACGAGCAGGGCACCGAGUCCAACAACCCAGCUGACGCCAGCAUCACCUCCAGCGCCCUGUCCGGCCCAGACGCUGCCCACGCCGCCGAGCCCGAGCGUCUCCGUCUCCUCGCCUCCGGAGGAUUCAAGUCCAAGGCCUAAGCUGGAACCACUAGAACGCCCUUCCACGGACAACGACGAUGACCACGAAGCGAAGAAUCAAACGAAAAGGCUCUCUCCCCCCUAUUUAUGUUUCCCCCUUCGGCAGCAGAACCUGCGCCACUGUUCUUCAGUGCCUCGUGCAUCUGUGAAGAGCUCAUCCAUUCCUAUUCGAACCAGGCGUCGCGCAACAUGCGCCGCGACCUUUUAGGCUUUUGAAGAAGACAUGUACGUACGUCCCCGUCGUUCCCUGUAGCGGGAUGGCGCUGCCCUGGCUAUUUCUCCAGUGCUGGCAAGUGGCCGCGUGUUAAGGAGAAAUGGAAAAGGUCCCCGGUUACUCCCCAUCCGAGAAAGACAAGAAACUGCCAUCUCUGUUUGUAAAUGUGCUGAAGCCAGAACAUGGAAUCUUGAUUGUCGUUUGUACGUUCUGUGUUUUUGUCUUUGUCCCGUGGCCUCGUGCAAUCUGAUUUUGUUGAGACCACUGCGUUCGUCACUUUCCUUUUCUUUCUUCAUUUCCCUCCUCGCUCUGGAGACGGUUAGCGCACGUUCCCCCAGACACCUACGCAUACAUAUGUUGCCCGAUCGCUUCCUCGCUGUGAUAGGAGCGGCUCCCUAACAUCCUCGCAGAGCCCCUUCUGACGUAACGCUAACUAGCAAGCUAGCUUUAAGUAACAAUUGCGGGUCACAUAUAUACGUAUAGUGUACAAAUACUUAUUCCUUAUUUUUGCUUAUUUCUACUUUUCUUUUGCUUUUCCUAACACUUUUUUUUCACAAUACAGAAGCACUCCACUACUUGACGGUUGUGAUAAGCUUGUCGAUGUGUGCAAUGCUUCGACGGGGGUAGUCGGCACUAGACAUUGCAGCACCUAACUAGUACGCACGCCAUGCCUUGCUUGUCUCGCGUGUUUGUCUACGUCACUGUCCAAUGUUCCUCUCACUAGUUUGUGUGUCCUUGUCAGUUCUGUGUACUGGUUUCAUGAACUACAAAAUAAAACGCAAAGCAAGCCCUGUA